AUGAAGACACUUCGUGGAAGGCCGUUGAUGAUAGGCCUGACCUCAGCCUGUAGCAUGGGCUUCUUGCUCUUCGGCUACGACCAGGGCGUCAUGGGUGGUGUGCUGUCAACGGAAUCGUUCCUCGCACAAUUCAAGGACCCCGACUCCGUUGAACAAGGCCUGAUUGUUGGGCUCUACGACUUAGGUUGUUUGAUCGGUUCUCUUCUCGCCUUCGGCUUCGGCGAAAAGCUUGGACGCAAGCGAGCCAUCUAUAUUGGCAGCGUUGUUGUUAUACUCGGCUCGAUUCUUCAGGUUACGGCUCAUGUUGUCUCGCAUUUGAUCAUCGGGAGGAUCUUCACCGGUGUUGGAGUCGGCAUCAUGACUGCCAUCGUCCCGACAUGGCAGGCCGAAGUGUCCCGCUCCGACAACCGCGGUGCGCUGAUCACUGUCGAGGCCGCGAACAUCAUCUUCGGUUUUGUGCUUUCCAACUGGGUCACUUUGGGGGCGAGUUACGCCAAGAGCAACUUUCAGUGGAUCUUCCCGAUCGCUCUACAGAUGGUGUUUGCCAUAUACCUGCUCAUCAUCGGGCCGUUCCUCGUCGAGUCUCCUCGCUGGCUUGCUCACCACCACAGCCUCGAAGAGGCUACGUCGGUAAUAUCUCGUCUCCUUGAUCUGCCAGAGUCACAUGAGGAAGUGAUCAAAAUUCGAAACGAAAUUGAGAUGGCUCUCCAGGAGGAAGAGAGCGGCCACUGGACCGAGAUCUUCCGCCAUGGUGGUCAACAGAAUUUCCGCCGCAUGAUGCUCGGCUUUGGAGCUCUCUACAUGCAGCAGAUGAGUGGUAUCAACACCAUCGGGUACUAUCUGCCCGUCAUCCUCAAGGAUUACGUCGGAUUAAGCGACAUAACCGCCCGCAUCGUAGCGGCUGCCGGCAGUAUGAACUACUUGGUGUUCAGCAUUGUGCCCAUCUGGUUCAUCGAUAAGCUGGGACGACGUAUUUGCAUGAUCUGGGGCGCGGUAGCAUUGUCUAUCAUCUCGGCUCUAAUCUGUGUCGGGUUCAAUGUCCCCGGCACCGGCGGCGCUAUCAUGACAGUGGUCAUGUACUUUUUGUUCUACGAUGCCUUCGCAUGGAGUUUCCUCAAUGUGUCCUGGAUCUACGCUCCAGAGAUCAACUCUCUCAAGAUGCGAUCCAUGGGUGCUUCUCUGGCCUCCGCCUCCAAUUGGCUUUUCAACGGCAUAGCCGUAACCAUCACUCCAAUCGGCCUUGAGAAAAUUGGGUGGAGGUAUUACCUCAUUUGGACCGCUUUCAACGCAUCUUUUGUUCCGAUGGUCUAUUUCUUGUAUCCUGAGACGAAGGGCCUGUCACUGGAGCAGAUUGACCACAUCUUUGAAGGCAAAGGCCACGGCUGGAACUGCCUGACCCAAGGCGUCAAAGAAAGUACCAGGACUGCUGUCGAUCUUGGAGUACCGGAGCAGUCGAGUGCCAGCCACGUACCAUCUGCUGCCGAUGAGGAGAAGGCUCUUGGGCAUGGUACGGCACAGGUGAGCGAGGGUGUGGUGGGUAGUGCUGGGAGUUCCCCGGACAAAGCAACGACCGCGAAUGCAGAGCACGAGAGGCGCCACUAA